GGCCUCCGAGUGAACUCACCUAUGGUGGUCAACUUAUUCCACCUAACAUAACCUAUACGAUCUAGAGCGUAUCGUUCAGCGCUACAAGAGAGAACCUCUAGUUCAAGCGGCAUGGGGGAUAUCAGUUUCUGGAAAUUCUGAAAAUUGCACCUGAUCUGCGACCAAGCGUCCCCUGUUUAACAGCGUAGCCAGUCCCACUCGCCUCUAACCCAGAUCCCUCUGGAUGCACGCCACAUUAGUCGCAGAGUUCCUGGAUCUGGAUAUUCAACAGAAUCAAGCAAACGAAUAAUAGAACACAACUCACUGCUACAGCAACAAUAAGGCCAGAUCCUUCAGCGCAGCUUGACUGUCUUCUUACACCAGGCAAAUAUUCCUGCAUCGGAAUCAUCUGUAAGGCAUCGCUAAAACAAAUUUUUGGAAAACGCUACUCUCUUCGAGACGGCAAUGUUACCUAAUUCCUGGGUACUCAAUGAAGAGCUCUACACUUGAACGAGGCAAGAACCAUUCAACGAAACUUUAACGCUGAAUAGGAAAAAUAAGUAGCAAACGAGCUAAGAGAUCCUUUUACUGGACAUCUCGCGCCCCACAUUCGGCAAAGUGUUCUUUAAAGAAUCUGCGUCCAUCAAAUGUUCCAUUUAAAAGUAAAAUUCCACAUGAUUUGAAGCAAAAACACGAAACGGAGAAAAGAACGAAUUUAAACGCGAAUUAAGGAUUGGAAGCGCGCCUAAACUCAAAAAACAAAAACAAUCUGCAGUAUUGAUAUAUACACAAGAGACAAACCAAAGGACAACCAAGAAGUUUUCCAGAGAGAAUUUCGCCCCCCCCUAUGAAUCCCAAAAGAAAAGUUGUGGUCUGAUCAUAAAAAGAGUGAAUAUUUUUUAAGAACUCAACGCCGGCUAUAUGCAAAAAAACAACCUUCAAGAAGUUGUUCAAAAAUUUUACCACACUAAGCGACAAGCGGCUUAAAAAGUUGAAGACAAAAAUCUCCCCCCAAAAAGUAAAUCAAAUAUAAGCAAUUUUCAUAAAUGGUGUGUAUGCAUUUUAUAUAGAAAAUAAGUGUAAGCAAACGAUUAUAAGUGAAAACCAUUUUUUUAGAAAAAAAGAAAAACAAAAACGUAAAGAAAACUCCCCCCAAAAUAAAAUAUUGAUGUUUUAUAUAUUUACACAAAAAUAUAUAUUGAGUGUUUAAGAAUUUUGAGCAAAGACUUUCAUAAUUAUAAUUCACCCAAAAAAGAUACAGAGAGAAAGAGGAUUAAGCCCCACAAAAAAGAUCCACGCCCAUACACUUACAUACAAACACACACACACACAUGUUCACACACCAAGCAACACCUACAAAAAAGGACUUCCAACGAUUUUAGCAAAAAGACGACGAAAUUUUAAGUUCUUUUAAAAUAAAAAAAUUUAAGACAAAACAAAAAGAGAACAUACUUCAACGGUUAACAAAUAAGAAAGACACUUUUUAAAGAAAGGCCAAAUUUUUGAACUCAUCAACCAACAACAACAACAACAAACUAUAAAGUUUAAAACUACUUCAUAAGUAAAACGAAAAACUUAAAAAAAAAGUAUAUUAAAAAAAAGCACUGCAAUAAAAAAGGGUUUGUGACUUUAAUGAUAAUUUUUUUAAUAUAAACUGUUUUUAUAACAAAAAAAAAUACAAAAGAAAACAAACAUUUUAUAAGAAACUGAAAAAAAAAUCCAAAAAUUUAAACAAAAAAAAAAACCAUUUUUAAAGGAAAGCCAACAAACUUAAAACAUAUAUCGUUAAGACAAAGUGAUUUUUUAACCAAAAAAUAAAUAAAACCAAGAUUCCGGAGCGAAACGCGAUCAAACUUCGAGUUGUUAAAAGUUUAAAUCAUAUAUCAACUGGAAAGAUCUUACACCAAGAAAAAAGAUUUGAUACAAACUACAGAAAUUUAUACACUUUGAGUAAGCAAUCGAGCAGCUAUUAAUUGUACACCAAGUGAGAAAAUACAAAAACCCAAAAAAAAAAAAAUAUUUUAUAUUAUUCCAAAAUCAAGAAUAUUCCAAAACAAAAAAAAACAACAAACAGAAAUCUUGCAAAUCAACACCACCAAAGAAAACCAACUAUUACAGAGCUAACAAAAACAAAAAUAACGAAUUGACAACAACAACCACAAAAAAAAAAAACAAAAAUAAUAAUCAUUUAUACACUUUAAUAGAGACUCAGAAAAAGAUUUAAGAAUUUUUUGAGUAUAAAUCAACCAAAUGUUCCAUAUUGAAAUACAACAACAACAACAAGAGUAACAGCAACAACAAAAAUAAAUUUAUAAAAUUUAAGAACUCUAGUCAAAUAAAAACAGAAAACAACAACAACAACCAAAUUUACGCUAAAGAACUUUUUGCAUUUUUGCAAUUUUAUAAAAACCAGAAGAAAACCCAACAACAACAACAACAACAAAUCAACCAAACAGCAUUCCAAAACAAAAGAAAGAAAAUUCACAUUCACCAACCAAACUAAAGAAAAAAUAACAAAAACAAAACCAAAAUCAUUAGCAAAAUUUACUCUUUUAACUUUUAUUAUUAAAAAAUUUAAACAAUUUUAAAUAAAUUACCAACUCUUAUAAAUUAAUGAUCCAAACAAAGAUCUAAAACUCCAACUCCAUUUAAGAAAAGUAAAGAAAUCAUAACCGUGAAUUAAAUCGGCAAAAGCAGCAGCAGCAGCAACCAGAAGAAAAAGGACUACGCUUUUUAAGAAGGACUUUCUUAUAAACUGAACGAGAAUCACAAUUCCCCAGAAGAACUAAAGCAUCACUAACAACAGCAUCAAUAACAACAACUUGUGCUAAGCACACUUAAAAAACACAUACACAAACAAAACCUAAGAUAUUUAACGCUGACUUUAAGUAAGCGUCAGAGCUAACCAGCGAGCGAGCGAAAGAGAGAGCGAGAGCCAGCUAAUCUUCACUUUUUCAUCUACGCGUUACCAAAGAAAUCUUUCAAAAUUACUCUCCAACAGCAACAAACCACCACCACCACCACCAAGAUGACCAAUGCCAUGGACAUUGUUAUCAAAAAUGGCAGUACCAAUGGGUCUGUCGAUGGCAAUGAUGAAUCGCGCACCAAUCUGAUUGUCAACUAUUUGCCACAGACCAUGACGCAGGAGGAGAUGCGUUCUCUCUUCUCCAGCAUUGGUGAAUUGGAAAGUUGCAAAUUGGUGCGAGAUAAAAUUUCAGUGUUGCCAGCUUCCCUGCAGGCCUUGAACCCAGCAUUGCAACAAGUUCUGCCUUUUUCAGGUCAAAGUUUGGGCUACGGCUUUGUUAACUAUGUGCGGCCCGAAGAUGCCGAGAAGGCUGUCAACACCUUGAAUGGUUUGCGUUUGCAGAAUAAGGUUAUCAAAGUCUCGUACGCCCGUCCAAGUUCGGAGUCUAUCAAGGGUGCUAAUUUAUAUGUAUCGGGUCUUCCCAAAAAUCUAUCACAACCAGACUUGGAGGCGUUAUUUGCACCAUAUGGCAAAAUAAUAACAUCUCGUAUACUCUGUGAUAAUAUAUCCGGUCUCUCGAAAGGUGUUGGUUUUAUACGUUUCGAUCAGCGCAACGAAGCCGAACGUGCAAUCCAAGAACUGAAUGGCAAAACUCCUAAAGGUUAUACCGAACCGAUUACGGUCAAAUUUGCCAAUAACCCAAGCAAUAGUGCUAAAGCUCAAAUCCCACCACCAUUGGCCGCCUAUUUGACGCCACAGGCAGCUGCUGCGACUAGACGUUUGACUGCUGGAGCUUUGCCAUCUGCUGGCCGUAUAAGCAUUGGAAAAAGCCCCAUGUUUGCCAUUAACAAGGGUCUACAAAGAUAUUCCCCCCUGGCUGGUGAUCUAUUGGCAAAUUCCAUAUUGCCGGGCAAUGCCAUAACUGGUUCCGGUUGGUGUAUAUUCGUUUACAAUUUGGCACCCGAAACGGAAGAGAAUGUCUUGUGGCAAUUGUUUGGCCCCUUCGGUGCCGUCCAAUCGGUUAAGGUAAUCCGCGACCUGCAGACCAGCAAAUGUAAAGGUUUCGGCUUUGUUACCAUGACCAAUUAUGAUGAAGCGGUUGUGGCUAUACAAUCAUUGAAUGGUUAUACUUUAGGUAAUCGUGUUUUGCAAGUAAGCUUUAAGACCAAUAAAACAAAAACCGCUUAAAUAGUAGCUCAUCUGUAUGUAUGUGCAGUGCAGCAGCUGCAAUUCUAUUGUAAGUUAGCAUUUGCAAAUGGUCGGCCCGAGACGACUAGAUUUCUAAACAUACUAAACCGAAAAAAACUGAAAUUUAUUUAAAAGAAAACAAAAAAUUAAACAAUAUCAGACAAUGUACUAAGAGAUUUUGUGGUAGGUGGUUAAGAUGAAUUGAACUUAAAAGAGGGAAAUAGGAUGGGAAUUUUUUUAACACAAGAAAAGAAGGACUUCAAGGCAAUGAAUGAUUGCAUAUAGAUGAAGGCAUCGUAUUAGACUUUAAUUAUGCUUCGCUGGCAAAGUAAUAGUACUGCUAUGGUAGUUUAUUCUCUACAACUACGAGUUCUCCUUCUACGGUGAUCUACUCCUCUAGUCGAAGUGUUCUUGGAGAAAUUAGUUUUAUUUAGAUGAAGGCAUUAAGAGUUCUGCUACUGCGGUGAUCUGUUCCUCUAGUCGAGGUUUUCUUUGACUAUCCAGCAGCUUAUCCGCUGUAUAUACAUAGUAGGCAGUAUGAUUUUGGAUCUCAUUUCCUCUUGUUGAUCAGAACGGACUUUUAAAGUUUCCAUAUAACCGGGAAUAUUCUCUCUGACUGACAUCUGUUACAGAUUUCCCGAACUAACAUCAGUUUCUGAUGUUCUGAACUGACAUCUAAGAGUGUAAUUCUGAAUUCUCCUUUAGCUGAGAUUGCCUUCGGUGGGGAUUUUAAAGUCUUUCCCCUUGCUGAUGAAAACUAGCAUCGUAAAUUUCUAUAUAUUAGCAUAAAUUCCUUCCGAAAGACAUCUAGUAUAGCAGGAGUAUCUCUGAUUACCUUUCGCCAAUAAUAAGGAAUAUCGCAUCUACUAUUCUGUUCGUGAAGGUUAUGGGUAUUGCUGGAGAUAACGAUAUAUCUAUUACUGGUAAUGUUCUGACAUAUAGUGGUCUGUUCCGGUUUUCGAAAACGUAAAAUGAAAGAUUUUCUUUGCCUUAUAGAUUGGAAAGUUUGCCAAAACUAUAUUGGAAUGCAUAGUGUAAUGAAAUUUCUUUAUAUUAGGGAACUUCAAGUGAUUUCAAACCAUAAAAGAAUAAUACUUAGCAAAUAUCGGCAAAACAUUUACUUUCGCUUUGAGAAUUCGAUAAUGGGAACAGGCCUUAUACUAACCUACAUAACAACAUAACGUAUACUUAAAACAAUGAAUUUCUUCAAGAUGCGAAAUUUCUUCUAUAAUGCCUUCUGAGAUUGCUAUCAACAAUUCAUUGUUUUUAAGAUUUAUUAUCUGUCGAUAUUUUUUUGCUGAUCAAGAUCGGAAAAAUGCUUCACGCGUGUCUCUCGACUUAUGCCGAACUCCCUUACGGUACCGGCUAAAAUCCCACCAUAUGUCAUUACGUCAGUACGUCUCCCACCUAGCUCUGUAACUAUCAAGGAUAGCUGCUAAAACCCCACCAUCUGGCACCCUGGGGGAUUAAUUCCACCUCGGAAACACUUUCGCAUUACUUCGAGAUGGACCCCAUAUCUAGUGAUUAUCCACAUCAUCUUCGUUGUGUCUGCGUUCAGACCUCUGCAAUCUACGCCGCUGCGUCUAAGUCCAUAUUCUCCCUGCGCAGUAGUUCUUCGGCUAAUCUGCGAUGAGAAGAUUCUUCUCGUUCUCCAUCAUUGCUCUGAACUAUUGUACCAGCGAAACCUCGUCAAUCCUGCAUCUUUCGGCUCAACGCUCUCACCGCCAUAAUUAGAAAUACUUCUAUUGAUGACGGGUUAAGAUAUGCUGGAGAUAUGACAUAUUUAUAACUGGUAAAGUUCUGACAUACAGCUAGCAUAUUCAACAUAACGUAUUCUUAAAAUAAUGAAUAUCAUGGAGAAAUGGAAACAUAAUACUUCUCCAUUGAAGACUUCUAAAGAUUGCUAUCAAUAAUUCAUUGCUUUUAAGAUUUAUUGAAGUCUAGGGGUAUUUUUGCGGAUCAGGAUGGGGAAAAUGCUUUACACAUGUGACGAGUAUAUCUCCCGCCUUAUGCCGAGCUCCGUUUCCAUCAACGUCACCCGGGGGAUUAACUUCACCUCGGAAACACUUUCUCAUUACUUCGAGAUGGACCCCAUAUCUGCUAGUUAUUCACAUCAUCAUUGUCGCGUCUGCGUCUAGACCUCCGCAUUCAUUGAGUCCAGGUCCAUUUUCUUCCUGCGCACUAGUUCAUCGACGUUCUUCUCACUGCCUCCCCGUUCUUCUUGUUCUCCAGCAUCCUCUGGACUAUUGUGCCAGAUGAAACGUCGCCAAUCGAUGUUUCUAGUUCCCUGAGUCUUUCGACCCAGCGCCCACAGUGGAAGAAUAUGUGUUCUACAUCGUCAGCUACUUCGAGUUCCUCAUAAAUGCAUUUGCCCAUUCCAAGUAGGUAUAUCCGGAAGUAGCCAUGGCCUGUCAAGAUCUGUAUAACGUAAUAGUUCACGUCGCCUUACUUUCUAUCUCUUCACAUGCGUACAUCGGUGAUAAAUCAUUGCGUCCACUUGGCCAGACUCUCAUUUGUACAAUCUCUCGAUAGUCUCCUCUUGUAUGUUCCGUAUAUGAUCCGUUUACAUCUCUCUUGGUGUUGCACCUCUCGGUAUAGAGCCUGGCAUGCAACAUGGUCUGUUGGUCUAUCAGAAUCAUUACGGCUAUUACAAGGGUUGCGGGCUCCGCCACUGUCCGAUGAAGUCUAGGGGUAGAUAAGUAUAUAUAAAUUACCGUUAAAGCAAGUGGUAUUGCAAAGUAUAAAAUUCUUUUGGGGCGGUUAUGCGAAAGUUUAACAGUUAAGUUAAGUUAAGGUGUGUUUGUGAAGCAGUCAUUAUUUGAUGGAAUACAAGUAAUGAUUUAGAUAAUGUUAUGCCUAUUUGUAGUAAAACCACAAGUUAUGACUUCAACUUAACAAGUUUAAUGAAAUUUAUUCCCUGAAAAACGCAAUAAAAUGGUAUUCUACAUCUGCCUUGCAACACGAUCCCUUCGGAAAAGUUCUUAUCACACUCUGGCAACGAAGAAAGUCAUAUUUUGCUUUCGGUUGCCUUUUUCCCGGUAAGGUUUAAUAAGCCACCCUCCAUAUGAUUCCUUUGUUAUUUGUCUGAUUUACACUUAAAGAAAUAAAUAUUCGUAUAGUUAUGCUUUGAUUUCCCCCUACUCAAUGCAUGGUGUACAACCAAAACUUACUAGUCAAAUUUUCUUUAAAUUAUUUAUUAAAAAAAUUUAUGUAAUUUCCAAUUUUUUUGUGAAAAAAUGCACGCAUUACGAAAAUAUUCCAAAACCAAAAGAAAAACAAAAAAACUUUGUUAUUUAGAAAAGAAAAUUAAAACAAAUGCUCUUUAGAAAAAAAAGAAAAAAUCAGAACUUAAAGAAAUUGAACAACAAACACACAAAAUAUACCAUAUGUGAAAAACCAAAUAAAGUAGAGUUAAAAACCGACAAAACAGGAAACCAGAAAAAACCUCCUUCCUAGAAAAAAAGAAAAAGUCCCCAUGCUGCUAGUACUACUACUAAAACAACACCCACAAAAACUAUGGUAAUAAUAAUAAUUCUCUAAACUAUUAACAAAGCAUAGACCAUGAAAAUCUAGUAGACAACAGACAACAGCUAAAGUCUUUAACGAAUAUAGAAGAAGAAAAACCAUAAAACGUAACAUCCCAUCACAAGUGAACAACAACAUAACACAAAAAUAAAUGAAAUACAAAAUUCUCAACAACCGCGCACAUUGUGUAGAGCAAAUUAAAUUUAUUAUUAUUAAUUAAUUAUUAUAUAUUAUUAAUAUAAAUAUCUAAAAAUAUAUAUAUUUAAUUUUUGUCUUUGUCUAUGUUUAUUUCAAAUCUAACUCUUAACUUAAAACACAAAAUAUAAAAAAACUCAUUGAAAUAAAAAACCACAUAAAACUUACUUAGUAAACAUAAUUUAUUUUUAAUUAUUUAAUUAUGCUCUUAUUCUAAUUACAUGAAACAACAAAAAAAAAACAAAAACAAACUCAACAUCAACAAAAACAACCAUACACUUAAAACAAAACCAACAAACAAACAACAACAAAAAAUAUUAUUAAUUAACCAUAAACUUUAUUAUAUCAAUGUUUAAUUAUUCUUCAAACAAAAACAUAAUAAUAACGAUAACGAUAAUGCAAAUGACAAAAAACUCAAAAAAUUUGUAAUAAUAAAAUUAAAAAAAAAAAAAACAAAAACAUACAUGAAAACUUCAACAAUUUUAUUAUAACAAAGUGAAAUAUGAAAAAAAAACCAACAGCAUGAGAUAUGGCAAAGCAAAAAACAGCCCAGUGAAAACGCAGCAUGAAGAAAAAGAAGAAUGAGAAAUCUCUUUAACAAAAACUCUAAAAAAUAAACAAAAAUAUAAUAAUAAAUAUAUAUUUGUAUGUGUGUAGAAUUUUCUUUUUUAGCCAUACAUAUGUUUAUGUUUAACCGUUUGAUUGUCGCAUUAAUUAAUGAAUUAAUUAAUUAAUUAUCUACUUAUACUAAUUUAUUGUCAAAUUUAUAUAAAACAAUUCUUUUUUAAAAACAAAACCAAACCAAAAAAAUAUCCGCAAAAAUAAAACAACAACUCUAUUUAUUAUAUAUAUGAAACAUACAUACUUAUAUAUAAAGAAAAACCUCGAAAAAAAAAACCAAAAAAACUUUUAACUUUUAUUUGAUUACUUUAAAUGAAGAAAGAGGCUAAGUUGGCUGGGACAUUGUAUGGGGGAAGACUAAAGGUUUGACCAAACGAUCAUCGCAGAGAAUGAAAGAACAUUUUUGGAAAUCUAAAAGACUGUCAUAACAUCAAAAGUAACAAAAAUGAAGAAAAAAAAACAAAACAUCAAAAAAGAAAAUUCAUCAAAGACUAGUUUGGCGCUGUAGUGUUAAAGGGAGUAAUAAUAAAUAAAAGAAGAAGAACUUUUUCAAAAAUCUCUAACUCUUAACAACGAGAUCGAGAGGGUUUUUUUUGCACAAAUGAAAAGUCUUUCAAAAAGCACGUCAAUAUAUAUUUUAUGUAAUGUUCUACAUCCGCACCCUUUUAUUGGGUCUCAAAAUCUUGUUAGAAUCUCAAUAGGAUAUUGUACAGAUUUAUACCAUUAAGUUUAAUACUUCAAAAAGGAGAUACAUCCAGAAAAGAACAGCAAGAUUGUACAAAUCUUCUUUUCUGAUUACACAAUCUGCACGAUUCUGCAAAAAAAUUAAGGUAGUUCACUUAUCCACAACUAUUGUCUAGUGUUUAUAGUACAAAAGAAGCAUUGAACGUAAUGGUCAAACCAAUAAGUUCAAUUCUGUGUUAAGGGCAAAUUGACGAAAAAGAGAAUGAAAGCUUAACUUUGAAUUUUAGAAAUAGUGAAGAAGCAACCACUUUACGUAAUGCUGAAAUAUUGGCCGUGUUGAAUUUCUAAGCAUAUUAUAGGAACUUUAAAAAAUAUCUCACUCGCAAAUUUUUGCAAAACAAAUAAUACCAGGCAUUUCUUCUCUAAAUUAACUCAAUGUUAUUGUAUUAUUAUUACUUCCUUUGUCAAACUAAUGAUUUAAAGAACUCUACACUAAUACUAAUUCAACAUGGCUUACUUCAUUCGACGUAUAAGUAAAAUAUAGAUUAGCUUCAUUAGAAAAGUUCCAUAAAUUUUCUAAAUUUGUAUAUAUAAGAAACACAUCUACUGAAAUAUAUUCUUGAUUAUUCAUGAAAUGAUUAAAAAUAUCCAAAUAAGAGAACGCAAACAGACAUCUUCAGAAACCUACAAAUGGCUUACGCCAAAUUUGUUAAAUAACUAAUUACCAAAUCCAAAUCCCUUACUAAUAUAAGGCAUUAUUGAAAAUUCAUAUAGUGUCUUAUGUAUGUAUUGAACUUCAAACCAAAGGAAUACUCCAUAAGAUGAGUAUUGCUUUGGUCUGAAAUUUAAUUGAUAGAAUACGAGGAAAACGAGGAAAACGA